CCAGGCUACUUCUGCCCUCCGAGGUCUUGGAAGUUCAAAGACCAGAGGACAUGGAGCUGAGCAGCGUUGCCCUGGCCCUGGGGCCUGCUGGCCCGCUCCUCUUGCUCCUGUGCAUCCAGACCCUGGCUAGCCCAGCUGCCGAUACCUGUCCAGAGGUGAGGGUGCUGGGCCUGGAGGGCUCCGACAAGCUCUCCAUUCUCCGGGGCUGCCCGGGGCUGCCCGGGGCCGCAGGACCCAAAGGAGAGGCGGGCGUCGCAGGAGGGAGAGGAGAACAAGGCCCCUCCGGAGUCCCUGGGAAGGCAGGACCCUCCGGACCCAAAGGAGACCCAGGGGAGAAGGGCUCACGUGGAGAGAAAGGAGAACCUUGGAAGCCUGAUCAAUGUCACAGAGGACCUCGGAACUGCAAGGAGUUGCUCACCAGGGGACACUCUCUGAGCGGCUGGUACACCAUCUACCUGCCCAACUGCCGGCCCCUUACUGUGCUGUGUGACAUGGACACGGACGGCGGUGGCUGGACCGUGUUCCAGAGAAGGGUUGACGGCUCCGUGGACUUCUACCGGGACUGGGCCACGUAUAAGCAGGGCUUUGGCAGCCAGCUGGGAGAGUUCUGGCUGGGGAAUGACAACAUCCACGCCCUGACCGCCCAGGGAACCAGCGAGCUCCGUGUAGACCUCAUGGACUUUGAGGGCAAUCGGCAAUUUGCCAAGUUCACUUCGUUCAAGAUGGCAAAUGAGGCAGAGAAGUACAAGCUCGUCCUGGGAGCCUUUGUCGGGGGCAAUGCUGGUGAUUCCCUGACGGCCCACAACAACCACCCUUUCUCCACCAAAGACCGAGACAAUGGCAUAGCUGCUUCCAACUGUGCCGUGCAGUACAAGGGAGCCUGGUGGUACAACAACUGUCACGUGUCCAACCUCAACGGUCGCUACCUUGGGGGGUCCCAUGAGAGCUUUGCAAAUGGCAUCAACUGGAAGUCGGGGAAAGGGUACAACUACAGCUACAAGCUGUCGGAGAUGAAGGUGCGGCCCACCUAGAACAGGUGGGCAGGUGGCCCAGAGCGUCAAGGACCAGGACCCGAGCCGCACCAGGAGGGGAACACGGCAUCUGACUCACUGUCCUCACGUGGAUGGAGAACUUCAUUCUGCUCCCCGUUUUGGGCAGGGACCCCCCGCCUUGCCCCUCACCGACUCCAGCCCUUUUUUUCCCAUCUGUCGGGAUAAGGGUAACCGUCCCCCAGACCACGUCACCAGCGCACAUUGUCAAUAAAGAUAUCAGCUCCCGUAUGGGCACACACGGGACGCCAUGGUCACUUGUGCAGGUCA